AUGGCGUCCCACAGCGGGUGGCUACCUAGAGAAGGGUUUGUGGCUGAUCCGGUGGGACGUUUGAUCAAGAGGACUAUAUUGAAUCCUGCUCUAACUUUACCUCUUCUGCUUUUGACCCAAUAUACCCCUUCCGGCCAACAAUACGCAAGGGCGCUGAGUAAUGGUGUAAGCGACGAAUACGACUGGAGCAAGGAGAUUGUCGUUGCGACUGGUGGCAGCGAUGGCAUUGGCAAAGAAGUAGUCAAGAUGCUUGCUGCCUCAGAUAUCAAAGUGGCAGUUCUUGAUGUACAACCGCUCACCUAUGAAGCACCACCAUCAGUGAAGUACUUCCAAUGCGAUGUCACUUCCUCGUCCGCCAUCGCAAAGGCGGCGUCUGAGAUUCGAUUGGAAAUAGGAGAGCCAACUGUCCUGAUGAACAUCGCAGGAGUCGCCACCGGAAAGACGAUCCUUGAUAGCACUGAAGCGGAGCACAGAUGGACAUUCGAUGUCAACACCCUGUCGCAUUAUCUUCUCGCUAAAGAGUUCCUGCCGAGCAUGAUCAAAAAGAACCAUGGUAUGGUGAUGACAAUCGCUUCCCUGGCAAGCUAUGGUCUCGUUGCAAACCUUGUUGAUUACGCCGCCUCUAAGGCCGCCGCACUGGCCUUCCAUGAGGGCCUGACCACUGAGUUAGUGACUAGAUAUAAUGCACCAAGAGUGCGGACACUGUUAAUCACGCCAGGACCGGUGAAGACUUCGCUCAUCAGGGGUUGGAAUCAGCGUGAUGGUUUCGUGGAUUACAUGCUAGAUCCUGGGACGGUGGCAGAAGAAAUUGUGAAGAGGGUCCUUGCUGGACAGAGCGGGCAGCUGAUUCUGCCCGGCUUUGCCAGCUUCCUCUUUCCUAUGCUAAGAGCAAUGCCAUACUGGUUUAGCACUGCUUUGCGGAACAAGAACGAGGGUGUCCUCGCGCAGUACCGUGGAAGGCUUGUGGAAGAUCCGAACAAGAAAUCUAAUUCGACACGAUCGUCGAAGAAGAGUGCGCUACGCGAAAACCCUCAGCGGAUCAUACCGACCUCUACUAGUUUUUCGUCGUCUUCGCGAAGCCCAUAUCCUGGCACGGCCGCCCCGUCAAUCGCCUCGAGCUAUGCGACAGCCAACACCCAUGACCCUUUGAAUACUCCUACCAGGCUACCAAAUCUGCUGACAAACGGGAGUAUGGCAGAUCAAACGUCACGGUCUGAAACCGGGUUACGGCGGUCGAACCGGCGGGGAAGUAACGGUGACAGAAGACGACACAGGAGUGGAAGCAGAGAAAGCAAGCGAGACAAGCGGGAGAGGAAGCGCUCGCGGAGUCGAGAGCGCGAGAAGAGGAGAAGUGAUUCGAGAAGAGACAGCAAACAAAAGUUGAGAGAAAGUCAACGUGGAGAAGAUAAUGAGAAGAGUGACUCUGGUAAGAGAAGCGGGCCACCAAAUCUCGAUUCUCACGUGGAGAACCAAUUUCCUGGCGAGUUUCCAACCACGUUCGCGGCUCCUUAUCGACCUCCAGGCCUAGCUGCGGAUUACUACGGCGAUCAAGGAGAGUCGGUAGCAGAUCAGCCAGGAGUCAGACCGCAACCACCUUCAAUAAUCUACACGGCGGACCAAGCUCAUCUUCACGAGCCCACUGCUGAAGCUCUGCCACCACCGGAGCCGAGCUCUCUGGGACAAGUUGGCGCUGCCGCAGCGUUCUUUGCAGAUACGAGUGAUGUCGAGAAUGCAGUCCCUACACCAACGGCGAAACCAUCAAGACCAGGUACGAAGCCGUCCAAGCAUUCAGGGAUCGAUACCAGCCCAAGGACUUCCCCUCGCCUAGAGGCAAGACCCACCCCGUCAUUAGGUAACAUGGGAAUCGCAGAGGCAGCAGCAAUGGGCGCUGGUGUUGGUCUUGCGAGUGAUUACUUCGGCACAUCGACCGCACCUAUGCCCGGGCCAGGCGGCUUUUAUACUUCACCUACAUCUAACACACAUGACGAAUUAUAUAACUCGAUUCCCAACACAAGCUCAAGUCGCCCUCCUAGACCCCCGAAGCAGCACUCCGGAUCGAACACUGCCCAGGACGGUGCUGCCGUUGCGGGAUUCGCUGCCGGAGCUGGUGUAAAUUAUCUUGGUAACCAUCAUCACUCAGGCCAAGGCUCGUAUGGCGUUCACAGUCAUCAGCAUCUACAUGGCACCCAUGGCCUUUCAAUAGGCAUGGCAGAUCGGCGGAGGCGACGUGGACCGCUUGACAAACUUAUCAACUUUUUCAAGGACCCCGAAGGCGUCGGCGAGUUCGAGGUGUAUACUGAGGCUAUUGGAGUUUGCAAAUACUGUUUUGAUCCACGGUCUAGCCCAAGGGAUGCACCAAGAAAACACAAUCCCAACCGCAGGUAUUUGGGCGGUCGGUAUGGUAGCAGCACGAGAGUAGAUAAGGUCUAUCGGCAGCAUACUUCAGACGAUGAGAAGCGAAGAAAGUCCGGCUCCAAAAAACCAUGGAUUGCAGGUGGUCUUGCCGGGUAUGGGUUGGCAAAACUCGGCGAGAAUGUUCUAGACGAUAGAGAUUAUGAUGACACAUACAGCGUUAGGACUGGACAAGCAAAUGAACAUCAACAAUUCUCCAAUCAGAGCGAGCGCCACUCCUCCACCAGGAAAGAGAGGCACCCCUUGCAGGAGGAUAUGCCAUUGCAUCGGAGUUCGUCCCAUCGACAUGUCGAGACGAGAUUUCGAAAAGAUAAGGGCACAGACGAGCUAUAUGAAGAAAGGAAACCACAGAAAAGGCGGAGCUCAAGUUCAAGUUCAAGUGCAAGCUCUGGUUCACACCACGACACGUCAAGAGGUGCUGCCAUGAGCACUUCUCAAAGACAUGGUACCGUUUAUCGGAAACGAAGUCGGUCGCCGAAGAAGCAAUACUAUCAUAAACGCGUAUCGCCCAGGCACUCAUACGUUGACCUUACCAAGCCCUCGUCCGGUGGAACAGGCAUUGUUUCUUUUUUCAGUUCACCAUCUGCCAAUCGACGCAAAGGGAAGAAAGACAAAGGUAUCUUCGGCUUUGGCAACGUUUCUUCCUCUUCAUCAGACGCAGAUCUGGCUUUUGGUGAGGGCUCGGUCAGGAGAAAGGAUAGCAAUCGAGAAAAACCACCAAAGCAUGAUGAUAGAAACGUGAAUAGCGCCAUACUAGGCCUCGCAGCUACUGGUGUUGAACUUGCUGCGGCGAGCUCGAAGAAGGAUUCAAAGCAAAAGCGGAACGUGGGUUUCGUAGAACAAGGGGGAAGACACGGACGUGAAAGUCGGGUUUCCCAACCGCGAUGGUCCCAUCCCAAAGAAUCUGAGUCAUCGAACGAGGAGAACUCUGCGUGGGAAGAUGCGUCAGAUGAUGAAUCUAGCGAAAAUUCUGCGCUUGCCUACGGAUCCAAGCUAUCUACUCGUCCAAGUCGAGAAUCGCUUGGUUCCAGCGACGGUACUUCGAAAUGGGAUUGGCGGUGGAACAGAGGUAAGCAAAACAACGCAAGAUCGAGACAGGGAGAUCGGACUUCCUUUGUGUCGGCCGCGGCAGGAUUGCCAGGAGCAGCAUUACGACCGGCAGCAUCAUUACACGAACAAUUCGAUACAAGGCAAGGCUCAGCAGGUCUUCCCGCCAUGCAGCAGCUUCAUCCCAUUCCCACAUCCGAUCCGGGAGUCUUCGAUGUUACGCGGCAAACCUCGACUGUUAUCUCCCCAAUGUCAAUCGUUCCAGCUUCCAUCACGACCUCAACUGUUCGUCUCCAACAUCCUCAGCCUGUUACACCUGUUUCGCAAUCAGUGUACACUACCUCGGCAACUAGCAGUGCUCCUCUUUACAGCCAAGUCAGCCCGGUACCUCCAUUCUUCAGUGACCAAACAAUCACCCCCCCGAACGAGCCUAAAGCUAGGCCUCCUUCUCCUCAACGCUAUAACGAAGCUAGAGAAAGGCGCAGGCGUGAAUCAUCUCCUACUCACUUCACAGUUUCAAGGGAUGUUGCGGAGAAUCGACCACAUCGUCGUGCUUUAACGAAAGACCAAAUUUCAAGUGUCAAGUUUGAUCUUACCAAGGAACAGACUGAACGAGAGCGACGAUCUCAAGAGCGUCGGAAGUUUAAACGGGAUAGCGAAGAUGAUCAGGAGCCUAGAAAGGACUCCGCUGAGAGACGAAGAGCACGAGAACAAGAGAUCAAGCAAGAGCUCGAACGACUUGAUCAAGAGGACAGGCGCCAGAGCUCAGCGAGAGAGGCUCAGCAAAACGACUUUGCGGUGCCGAAUGCGGCUGUUGCUGCUAUGGCUGGCGGACUAGCUGCUGCAACGGUGUUGGCGGAGUCCGCGUCUGCAAAGGACGACGACCGCAGCAUAAGAGAACACCCCCCAGAGCGAGAAGUUGUUGACGGCCCAUGCCAAUCACCAGCAGCAGAAAAGGGUGCCAACGAAGACACAACUGAGUCGGAUAACAGGCGCCAGCGAACAGCGCAAAAGGUGGCAAUCAGAAUUCGGACAAGUCCCAAUCCUACCCCCCACGAUGAUUAUGUCGCCUAUUUUACGCCACCAGAGCUUCAGGAAAAGCUCAAGGAGCACAAUGAUGCUGCCGAAAGACGUCGUGCUCCGGAGCCGAGCUCUCCCAUGACACCGGUGGUUAUCGAGAUUGUCCCGAAAGGUGAUGACUCACCUAGCUCGCCCUCUUCACCUACCUCAGCAGGCUACAAAUUCGAUCCAUUCCAUUAUAGGCCAUUCGGUAUUCUAAGCAAAGACGAUCCCUCGGCAAACCCAUGGCCUGUGCCGCGCCUUGACCUGAUCGAACCAACACCGCCCCAUAGUGCUUGUAAUUCUGUCCGAGAAACAUCGUCCCCCAUCCCGCCUCCCAGCCCAGAGCCUGUCGAGAAGCCAGAGCCAAAGCCGAAGCGACCACGGAGCGACGUUAGAGUGAGUUGGGGCGAGCAUGAAACACACGAAUUCGAAGUUGUCACACCAAUGGACGAUCUUCCCGAAUUUAGUCAGGAAAAGACGCAACAGUUGCACAAUAUCAACGAUCAAAAUCCGGACACCAAGCCCGUCCUUGUAGACGUACAAUCGACAGAGUCUGUACCUGGGAGCAGCCACCAUUCUAGCAAAGCAGAUUCUGAGGACUAUGGUCAAGAUCUUGAGUUUGCUGCAGCGCUGGCAGCGGGUGCGCAAGAAGCUGGCUUUGAUCCGUCCAUUGUCAUAGAUGAUCCGACCUAUCACCGACGCGACUCUCCGCCAGGCUCUGAAGACAAAGGUGUCUAUCAAUCACCAUUUGCUGAAACGGUCUCCGAUCUGGGUGUAUUCCACGACCAGUCUGCACCAUCCCAAAUAGGACUUGUCGAAGGCGAGCUCCCACCCACACGGGAAGCCGAGAAUGACCAGAACCAGGAAAAAGUAACGGGCUCUGACAAUGAUGAGCUCUCAACAUCAAAGCUGAGCAAGGAGGAGAGGAGACGGCUUGAGAAAGCUGCAAAACGGGAAUCAGAAGUCGGUGUCUCGACUGCCUCGGAGAAGGUCGUCCAAGAGACAACUGCUCGCCAGCCGGACCAUGGCAGCAUCGAUAAUGCCAAUGACGCUGAACCAAAAAUACCUGGGGGCUUCAACGUCUUUGACUACUAUGAUGGACAGGCUACUCCCGACAUAUAUGUGACCCCUAAAACAAGUAAACCGGAGGAAAAUGGAAGUGAAUACUUUCCGAUCCAGGCGGCUGUCGAUCCUGCAUCGCAAAGCCCACCAGAACAGCAUGUGGGGCGACAAGAAGCUUCUGAAGAGAACGGCAGGCCCCCAGAGGUGGCAACCAAAAAACUAAGGCGAAGUUCAACGAGAGACUCGGAUGGGUUCUACGAUGACAGAUCUGUACUUUCAACCCCUGCCAAACUCAAAGAUGGCUCUGGAGGGAGUAAGAAGUCAAAGAGACGAUCCAGAAAGGACGAUGACGCCAACGACGACAUGGGCUCUGUAGCUUCGAUGCCUGCUGAUCUUAAUAAUGAUAAAAGCUCGAAGCGUAAAAGCAAAGACAAGAAAUCUGGUGGAGUACUUGCCUUCUUUUCGUCCGGCAAAUCCGAUGUCAAGCUGAAGGAUACCAAUGACGACGAGAACAGAAAUACCCGUGAAGAGCCUGGAACCUCGAAAAGGAAGGCCAAGAGAAAGCCAAAAGAUCGGGACGUUGACGACGGAGCACCAACAAGGAAACGAAGCAGGAGCGGUUCGCGCUCGGCAGGCAAACAAAGCGAGAGACACCGUAGUCCAGAUGAUGAAUUCUUGUCGUCCGAGGAGGCACCUGAACGAAAACCUCGCGAUCAAGCAAAUGGAAAUGAGGACCUGUCUUUUUUAGGGGAGCGCCCCGAAAUGCCAACGGUAUCUGAUGGUGCUUCGGGGUCCGCGACCGAAAGAAAUCUAGAGCAAGAUGCUAUAAGUGCUCUACCAACGACUACGAUGGCCGAACCCCAGCCGCUUACAGAUGCUCCAACACCUUCCCUUCUAGCGACCCGAGAGAGCCAGGAGUCCACAAUUGCAGACCAAGAUUUGGCAUCGACGCCAUCAGCGGAGCAAAUGAGACCAGAAAUACUAUCCGAAUUGCGGACAUCAGAUCUAUCGAAUUCUCCGGCGACAAAGGGUUCACCUACAGCGGUGCCCAUCCACUUUCGUCGGCCACCAUUGUCCCCUGGCGCUGCCAGAUCGGCUACUGUUGGUGCUUCUGACGCUACAAGUCUACCCAACUCACCGAUGUUGCCACGAGGUCGUCCAGGUCGUCCGAGCUCCACUGAAUUUAGGUCUAGGGAGUUCCGACCAUUAUGGCUUGUUGAGAGACACGCAGGAUCUAAAAUCGAGCAAGCUGAGAUUGAGGAGACCUACCCAUCCUUGCCAUCAAGUCGAACCAGUUCUGCGCAUCCGUCGAUGGAGAACCUUCGAGGGGUCCAAGAUCUCGAAGAUGUUUUCUCGCCCGAGCAAGCCCUAAGUCAGCCGUUCGGACAUCGACGAAGCAGUAGCUAUCCAGGUUGGCACCCUCAACGGCCAACCUCUCCCGAUUUUCUCGACUCUCGAACGGCAACCCCAACUGCGACUGAGUUUCCUAGGGAUGUCAAGGAGAAGCCCAAGUAUGAAUUUCAUUCACCAUCCGAAUUGCUGCAAGACCCGUCUACCUUGCAUGAGCAAGUCCGAAUGACAGACCCACCGUCGCCACCUAUGAAUCUGCCAGGAGCUCUGUCUCCAGAGCUAUCUACGCAGGCAUUGGAGGCUGGAGCUGCACCAGACACGGAAGCUGUACCACAUAUCAAAUCAACAUUAGCAAUGGAAGCAACUCCGGAGGCCACUCCAGCAUCACAAGUUGCAGCAGCAGAGACGAAUAUAUUACCACAGAUCAGAGCAGCAGAAGAGACGAGCACAGCACCAGAGGCGAGCACGGCACCAGAGGCGAGCACGGCACCAGAGGCGAGCACGGCAGAACAGGCGAGAACGCCGGAAGAGGCGAGCACGGCACCAGAGACGAGAACUGCAGAACAGGCGAGAACGCCGGAAGAGGCGAGAACGCCGGAAGAGGCGAGAACAACAGAAGAGGCGAGAACGCUGUGGCUAGCUUCUCCAGGACGAACUGAUGAUAAGAGCGAGGACAACAGAAGAGGCGAGAACGGCAGAAGAGGCGAGAACGGCAGAAGAGGCGAGAACGCUGGAAGAGGCGAGAACGCCGGAGGAGACGAGGACAACAGAAGAGGCGAGAACGCCAGAGGAGAGGAGAACAGCAGAAGAGAUGAGAACACUAGAGGAGAGGAGAAUAGCAGAAGAGAUGAGAACGGCAGAACAGACGAGAACAGCACCAGAAGAGACGAGAACAGCACCAGAAGAGACGAGAACAGCACCAGAAGAGACGAGAACAGCACCAGAGAUGACUGUGGCACCACAAGUCGACGUAACAGCAGAGGCGGAAGCAGCAACAGAGUCGAAACCACAUUAGAGACAGAAAAAGUACUAGGACCAAUCACUGCACUACAGAUCGAAACACCAACACAAGUCAAGACAACAACAGAAGCAGAAACAGUACCAGAGGCCACCGUACUACCACAAAGCACGGUUGUGAUGCCAGAUGCUGGCGUCAGAUCUGCUCAACAUCUAACACCUUCAAUCAGUCCUAAAGUUCUCGAGACACAGGGAGAAACUGAUGAGCUCGUCCAAACUUCCACCACAAAGAAGAGGGAUGAGAAGGAUAAGAAGAAACGUCCGCAACUCUCUAAUGAGGACGAAGAAACAAGCAAGACUAUAGUAUCCGACGCCGGUGGCAACUCCACCCAAAAUCCAGUAGCCCUAGUCGUGCCUGAAUCUGUUACAGAGGAAGGCACUGGUGAGUUCGAGCAGGUCUCUUCCAAGAAGGGGAAAAGCAAAAAGGAUAAGAAAAAGCGUUCGCAAACCUCGAAGGAGUCUGGACCUGAUACAACUGUAGUGCCGUAUCCUUCCGAUGUUAACCAAGAAUCGAUAGAUCUAGCACCCUUAAAAUCUAUCGAGGGAAGGAGAGAAUCAGAUCAGAGAGAAGACCCAAAAACAAGGGAAGAAGCUGACGAGUAUAUGCAAACUUCUAUCAAGAAGAAAGGCAAGAAGGACAGGAAAAAGCCUCAACAAUCUCGGCGGGAGGCUGAACCUGAUACAGCUAUAGUAGCAGAUUCUCCCAGUGCCGCCCAAGAAUCAGCAGAUCUAAUACCCUUAGAAUCCAUCGAAGGAAAGGAAGAACCAGAACAGAGAGAAGAACUUAAAUCAAGGGAGGAAACUAACGAGGAUGUGCAAACUCCUAUCACGAAGAAAGGCAAGAAGGCAAAGAAAGGCAAGCACGGUAAGGGUUUGGGUGCGAGCGAGAUGCCUCAGACAAAGCAGAUUAUACAACCCCCUGUCCGGCCUGUGCCUGUCGAGUCUACGCCCAGCCAGGUUGAGGAUGUAUAUGUUGAGCCCGCAUCUGACGCACCUACACCAGUCGAGGCUACAUCUGACGCACCUACACCAGUCGAGGCUACAUCUGACGUACCUACAACAGUCGAGGCUACAUCUGUCGAGCCGCCUCCUGUUGAGGCUACAUCUGUCGAGCCGCCUUCUGUCGAGCCACCUUCUGUUGAGGCUACAUCUGUCGAGCCGCCUCCUGUUGAGGCUACAUCUGUCGAGCCGCCUUCUGUCGAGCCACCUUCUGUCGAGCCACCUUCUGUCAAGUCGCCAUUGAUUAAGCCUCCAUCUCUUGAGCCCCAGUCUGUGGAGCCUCCGUCUGCUGAGUCUGUAUCAUUUGAUGCUGUACCCGUUAAGUCAACAACUGAUGAACCUGUCUCUGUCGAGCCUGCAUCGUUUAAAGUUGUACCCGUUGAAUUUACCUCUAACGAAUCCGCAUCUAUUGAGUCCAUAGCUGUCAUACCUGCGUCAACUGCUAAACCUGCACCAACUGUUGAGCUUGCACCACCUGUCAACCCUGCAUCAACUGUCGAACCUGCAUCAACUGUCGAACCUGCACCAAUUGUUGAAUCUGUAUCAACUGGUGAACCUGCACCAACUGGUGAACCUGCACCAACUGACAAGUCCAUCCUCUUUGACUCUGCAUCUGCUGAACCUGCACCUGCUGAAUCUGCAGUUGUCGAGUCUAGACAUGUUCAAACAGCAUCAGUCGAUCCUGUGUCUGAGUUACUAUUCGCAGACCCUUCCCAUGAGAACGUUUCUGACUUGACGACAAUUGAAGUGGAGGCUGAAGCUAGCAAAGAGAUUCUACCCCAAAUACCACAACCUCUGGCUACCCUUGACAUUGCUAGGGAACAGGAUGAACCCGAGGAAGUCGUCCAAAUGACUGUACAAGCUGAAUCCAAGACGGGGAUCGUGCCCGAAAUGCUGCAAUCUCCAGUCACCCUUGAUGCUGUGAAGGAACAGCAAGAAGCUGAUGAGCCCGUGCGAAUAAGUGAAGCAGCAACUGGCCCAGAGACCGCAUAUGAAGUGCCGCAACCUCCAGUAAUCCGUAACGCUGACAAGGAACAUGAAGAAUCUGAUGAGUUGGAGCGAACAAAUGUAGAAACUGCGCCUCGUAUACAGCCUGCGCCCGAGGUGCUGCACCCUCCAAUGACCCUCAACGCUGUCAAGGAAUAUAAAGAAACCGAUGGGUUGGUGCACACAAAUGUGGAGGCUGCACCUAGCACACAGAUUGCGCCUGAGUUGCUGCAGGCUCCCGUAACCCUCACCACUUUUAAUGAAGGUGAAGAACCCGAGGAGUUGCUGCGAACCAAUGUGGAAGCUGGACCUAGCACACAGACCGCGUCGGAGGUGUUACAGGCUCCGGCGUUCCCUGAAGCCAUUGAGGAACAAGAUGGACCUGACGACUUCGCACGUGAUGUACUGCAAGCCUCAGCCUCCCCUGAAGUUAUCACAAGAGAGGAAAAGCACAAUGAGUUCGUACGCGAGGAAUUGCAAGCUCGGAUGUCUCCUGAAGUUGUGGAGAUGGGAGAAGGAUCUAGCGAGCUCGCGCGCGACGUACAACAAGCCACUGUCUUUCCCAUUGUCAAGGAGGAAGAAGGACCUAGCGGGUCUAUAUCUGACGUGCUGCAAGCUCCAACUGCCCCUACACAUAAGACCGAAGAAGAACUCGACGAGCUCACUCGCGGCGUACGCCAAGCCCCAGUCUCCCUUGUUUUUGAGAAGGAGGAAAGAUCUGGCGAGUCCAUGUCUGGGGUGCCGCAAGCUUCAGUCUCCCCUGUUGUCGACAAGGAAGAAAGACCUAGCGAGUCCAUGUCUGAAGUGCUGCAAGCUUCAGAUCCCCCUGUUCUUGACAAGGAAGAAAGACCUAGCGGGCCAAUGUCUAAAGUGCUACAAGCUUCAAUCUCCCCCGUUGUUGAGAAGGAAGAAAGAGCUAGCGAGCCUAUAUCUGAAGUGCUACAAGCUUCAAUCUCCCCCGUUGUUGAGAAGGAAGAAAGACUUAACGAGUCCGUACGCGAAGUGGUGCAAGCUUCAAUCCCCCUUGUUGUUGAGAAGGAAGAAGGGCUUAACGAGUCCGUACGUGAAGUGGUGCAAACUGCUGUCACUCCUGUUGUUGAGAAAACAGAACCCGCUGUUGAGAAGAAAGAAGGGCUUAACGAGUCCGUACGCGAAGGGGUGCAAGCUUCAAUCCCCCCUGUUGUUGAGAAGGAAGAAGGGCUUAACGAGUCCGUACGUGAAGUGGUGCAAGCUGCUGUCCCUCCUGUAGUUGAGAAAGCAGAGCCAAACGAGUCCAUGCGCGAAGUGGUGCAAGCUCCCGUCACUCCUGAAAUUGUCGAGAAAAAGGAGGAAUUCGACGCCUUUACGCAAGUUCCAACCAAGAAAGGGAAGGGCAAAAAGACCAAAGGUUCCAAGGCUGCUAAGAUUGUCGAGUCUGACCGUGGCGCACAAAGCUCUUCCAACCCUGUCCUUGUUCAUGUAUCCGAGGCAAUGGAAGGUCAGGACGAGGUAGGGUUGGCGCUGGCAAAUGAAAAUAUUCCACCCACCGGGGAGAUGCUGUCUGACACGCAGCGAGCUCCGACCGUGGCCGAGCCCACUAGAGAAGAAGAGCCCGACCCGUCCGUGCAAAUUCCGAUCAAAAAUGGCAAGGGCAAAAAGGACAAAAAGGACAAAAGGAAGCGCCAACAAAUCUCUGGAGAGGCUGAAAUUGACACACCUACAACGCCAGACAUCUCUGGGAGUUCCGCUCAAAAUCUAGCAGAAUCCGUGGAGAAAAGGGAAGAGUCAGGGCGAACGGGAGAACCUAAAACAAGUGAGUCGGAUAAGGAGGGAGCUGAUCCCAUUGCAGGAAUCUCUGGAAAGAAGAUGACCAAAAAGGAUAAGAGAAAGCUCAAGCAGUUGGCUUCGAAGAAGGAACCGCCUAAGACGACUGUGACGCUAGAUGUUCCUGUGCGUUUCACGCAAGAGUCCACAGAACCCGUGGAAGAAAGAGACGAACCGGGACAACUGCAAGAACCUGAAAAGCACGAAUCUGAUAAGCAAAAGGAAGUAGCUGAUGAGGCUGUGAAAGUCUCUGCUAAGAAGGGCAAGAAAAGCAAGAAAAAGGACCGGCAGAUGGCUUGGGAGGAAGAUGUCAACACGAAUGCAAUGCCAGACGUCACUGUUGGUUUCCCUCAAGAUCUAGCAGAAUCUGUUAAGGCAAAGGAAGAAUCCAAAAAGGUUGAAUCCGAUAAAUUGAAAGGAGCUGACGAGGAUGUGGAAGUCUCCGCUGAGAAGGCCCAAAAAGGCAAUCAAAAGCGCCAGCAGUUGACUCUGGGGGAAGAAACCAAUACAAAUGUCAUGCCGGAUGCCUCCGCUAGCUCUACUCAGGACCCGGCAGCGUCGGAAGCUGAUGCUAUACCUCCGGAUGUGGCAGGUCUGGACCCGACUACUACAAAUGCUGCUGCAUUAGCGGUGCAAACGAAGAGCGAUCACAGUAAGGAGCCAGAUUCGUAUUUUCCUGAAGCAGGAUUGAUACACGGUCAUGAACAAGAAGGCCCCGUUUUAGAGCAGACAGAGCGUUUUCAUGAUCAGCCGCAAGCUUUUUCUUUGGAGCUAGAAACAGAUCAUGGCGUGGAAGCAACCAAGACCGGUCUUAGUCAAGGGCCCGACUCAGAUUUGCCUGGGCCAGGAUUGGUGCGCAGUCCUGAAAGAGAAGGCAGUAUUGCCGAACAGGCAAAGCAGUCUGAUGAACAGCCGCAGCUUUUUGCUGAGGUAGAAACGGACCAGGGUGUGAAAGCAACUUCGACAACCCUUGACGAAAGCAAUUGUGCCGAAGGGCAAAUUUCCCAUUUUCCUGAAGCAGGCAGUCUAGAAGGGGAUGGCACCAAUUCAGAGCAGCCAGAUCAAUCUCAUGCACAGCCACGGGUUGUGGUUGAGGAGGCAGAGGCAGACAAGGGCUUGGAUACAACAUUGACUGGUCACAGACAAGAGCUAGAUUCAUAUCCCCCUAAAGAAGGCAGCCUAGAACGGGGUAACAAUAUUUCAGAGCAAAUAAAGCAGCCCAAGCAACCCGAGCUAUCUGAGCUAUCUCACGAACAGCCUCAGAUUGUUGUUCGGAAUGCAGAAACAGACAAGGGCUUGGAAAAAGCUUUGACUGCUCAUAAACAAGAGCCCGACUCAGAUUUCCCUGAAGGAGGCAGUCUGGAACGGGAUGACAAUAUUUCAGAGCAAAUAGAGCAACCCAAGUUAUCCGAGCUACCUCACGAACAGCCUCAGAUUGUUGUUCGGAAUGCAGAAACAGAUACAGGCUUAGAAAAAGCUUUGACUAGUCACAGACAAAAGCCAGAUUCAGAUUCCCCUGAAGGAGGCAGUCUGGAACAGGAUGACAAUAUUGCAGAGCAAAUAGAGAAACCUAAGCAACCCAGGCAACCUGAGCAACCUGAGCUAUCUCACAAACAGCCUCAGAUUGUUGUUCAGAAUGCAGAAACAGACACAGGCUUAGAAAAAGCUUUGACUGCUCAUAGACAAGAGCCAGACUCAAAUUUCGUUGAAGGAGGUAGCCUGAAAAAGGAAAGCAAUAAUUUAGAGCAACCCGAGCAAUAUCACCAAGAGCCAAAGAUUGUCAUUGAAGACGCAGAGACAGACGGGGGCCUCAAAACAACUUUGACCAAUUUCGACAAAAGCGGAGAUGAUGGCCUUGAAGGUCGAGAAAUGGAACGAUUGCCAGUCCCAGAAGAUGAAGUCAAGCAGUCUCCAGGGCCCCAGGUUGUUGGUGGGAAUGUAGAGCCAGCUGAGGGUGGGAAAGUAAAUUUGACCGUUUCCAGUGAGAGCGAAGCUCGUGUACCGAGGAGUCAAGACAUGGAACAGUUGCCAGGCCCGGAAGAUCCUAUCGAGCAGCCUUAUCACCACUCGCAGGCUAUUACUGGGAAUGAAAAGCCAGUUGAGGGCGCAAAACUCAGUUCAGCCAAUCUCAACGAGAGCGUCCUUCAUGCAGCUGUAGAUCUAGAAAUGGAGCAACUGCCAGGCCCAAAGCUUGGAAUGGAGCACGAAGCUGAAGCAGGAGGUGAGAGGAACCGAGACAGUGGUAUACAAUUCUCGGAGCAAGCCAUAGCGCCAGAAGACCCGAGUCAAGCCACCUUUAGAGACAGCGGCUACACUCCGAGCCCUAUCACUCGACCUGGUUGGGAUGAAACAAGUAAUCAUUCCGAAUCUGAACGGCCUCCUCGACAACUCACUCCGACAAGUUCUUCCGAAGAUCUUAGGAAACGGCCUCGCAGGCCUUCGAAGAGAACCUCUAAUCCAGACUUUACGCCAGGUCUGGCUCGCAGUGCGGGCUCAGAUCAAGAUGUUGCACGGUCAGGAGCAGAACUCAGCGCCGUCGAAAUCGAGACACAUCGUGAACCAUCACCUGUUGACUCCACUACGAAGGACCGAUCAUCUGCACUGUUUAAUUCUCCACCUUCCAAUCUAUUUGAACCGUAUGAAAGCGAGCCUCCAUCUGAUGCUAGACACCCUUCGGCCCGCAGCGAUACUCAUCAAUCCCCUCCGCCUAGGCCAAAUUUCGAAAUGACCUCUGAUGCUCGAGAUCAGCCCGCAAGUUUGGCAAGUCAUCUUGGCGAUCAGUCGACAGAGACGCAACAUCCUAGGGACCUUCCCCCAGAGGGGCCAUAUCAGUCAAUCUUUGGCCCACCAGCUCCCUCCCAUGAUGCCGUAGAGCGAGCUCUGACGCCACCACGGACUCCACUUCAAACCAUUCCUGAAGACGAGCGAGAGAAUGAAAAGAGCACCAGUCUCAGGCGUCGACGAAGUCCAUCCAUGGUUGCAUCACCUACGAGAAGUAACACAUCUACAGGUCGAGCAGGGACUCCCAAUACGGCAGGCCGUGCGUUCCGCUACGCCCAGAUCAUGGGGGCUGGGACAGCUGCUGCCGCGGCUGGAGCAGCAGGGCUUGGGGCUGUAGGGCUUGGGGCUGUAGGGCUUGGGGCUGUAGGGCUUGGGGCUGUAGGGCUUGGGGCAGCAGGCCUCGGGGCAGCGGUGCUUGUGUCUGGCUCACGUGACGGAGAAUCGACGGAUGGCACUAAAGCUCUUGGCCAUGUGCAGGUGCAGCCAACCGCGGUGGAACAACGCAGAGCCCGACAACAAUUGGAAGCGGAGGCUCUGCCCUCGUCGUCAACCUACGAUCCCGUCAAGGACCAAGGCAAAGAAACCGUCAGAGAUAUGGCGGAUGUCUAUGACGGCUAUGGCCAAGUUCCAGGAUCUCCCAGGUCCCCCACCCGACCACCAAGUAUCCAAAAACGUCGAAGUAUGCAGCAGAUACGGGAUCUCGAGGCCCGGCUCGAUCAGCUUGCAUCCGAAAAUCGAACCCUUGCAGCUGCCAAGGUCGAUGCAGAAAAGGAGCUGGAAGAAGCCCACCACAACCAGAGCAGGAUAGAAAAUGCGUCACAAGAGGCGCUCAGUGCUCGCCAGCUUGCCUUGCAAGAGAAGGAUGCGGAGCUGGAAAAACUUCGAGAGGCUGUCCAGUGGAUGCAAAAUGAGGUGACCAAGUUGACCCAGGUGAACGAAGGAUUGGCUUCUGCGAAUCAGGCACUGGCCACAACUCAUACCCAGCUCGAGUCGCAACACAUUCAGACCCAGACCCAGUGGCAAGAGUCGACGAGAGAGCUAGAAACCUUGAGGUCUCAGCACGAGAAACUCUCAACGGGAAUGGAACAAAUAGUCCGGCAUGAAAUUGACGUGGCUCUUGCAGCUAAGAAUGCGGAACUGCGACAACUGUAUAGCAGUCUCGAAGCUGCCAAAGAGAAGAUUCGGGAACUACAACAGCAGAUUCUUGCCAGCCAGAACGACGAGGUCAUCACCGCAAGAGAUGAGGACUACUUUGACGGUGCUUGUCAGCAACUAUGCCAGCACGUCCAGCAAUGGGUCCUCCGCUUCUCCAAGUCGUCUGACACGCAAAUCUGCAGAUACACCAAUGAAGUACGCGACGACAAGAUUGUGGACCGCUUCGAAAAUGCCCUUAUCGACGGCUCAGACGUGGACAUCUUCUUGGGUGAUCGCGUCAAACGUCGCGACGUCUUCAUGUCGGUGGUCAUGUCCAUGAUCUGGGAAUUCAUCUUCAGCCGCUACCUCUUCGGCAUGGACCGCGAACAACGGCAAAAAUUGAAACAGCUAGAAAAGAACCUCUUGGAAGUAGGCCCCAAAAGUGCGGUCCACCGCUGGCGCGCCCUGACACUGACCUUGUUGUCUCGCCGCGAGAGUUUCGCUGCCCAGCGCGCCAAAGACACCGAGGCUGUGGCGCAAGAGAUCUUCGGCACGUUGGCGCGCUUCCUCCCUCCACCUUCCCACCUUGAAAACAAGAUCCUCGAUUCUCUUCGUAACGUUCUGAAACUCGCCGUCGAUCUCUCCAUCGAGAUGCGCACCCAACGCGCCGAAUACGUUAUGCUCCCGCCGCUGCAACCGGAAUACGACUUGAAGGGUGAUCUGAAGAAGCAAUUCGUGUUCAAUGCCGCAUUGAUGAAUGAGCGCAGUGGAGAAACAAGUUCGAAUCAGGAGUUGGAGGCUCAAGGGGCGGUGGUGAGGAUCGUGUUGUUCCCUCUUGUGGUGAAGCAAGGGGAUGAUGAUGGAGGAGGAGAGGAGAAAAUCGUUGUCUGUCCGGCGCAGGUGCUUAUCGCGAGGCCUGAGAAGGAGAAACCGGGCAAGAAGAUGGGGGCGAGCGGGGCGGUGGGUGGGGAGAGAACGGGACCGGGAAUGGGAAUGGGAAUGAAUCUGGAUCAGAAGAGUAUGCGGUCAAGUCAUAGCGUGGCGCCUAGUUCGUUGGAUAUGGGAAAUGUCAUCUGA